AUGGCUGACCUAAAAAUAACAACCGAAAUGCCACUGUUGUCAUCAGCACUGGAUCUAUACAGGAUUCAGUCGAAGAAUGUCUCUGAAGUCACCACGUUUAUAUUGCUGGGCUUCACAGAUGAUUUUGAGCUGCAGGUCUUUCUCUUUUUAUUAUUUCUUGCCAUCUAUAUUUUUACUCUGGUAGGAAAUUUGGGACUGGUUUUAUUAGUUGUGAUAAAUUCCAGACUCCACAACCCCAUGUACUACUUUCUUAGUGUACUGUCCUCCUUAGAUGCCUGCUUUUCUUCAGCUGUCACCCCAAAAAUGUUGGUCAAUUUCCUAUCUGAGAAUAAGGGCAUUUCAUUCCUUGGAUGUGCUACACAGAUGUGGCUCUUUGUCACUUUGGGGACCACAGAAUUCUUUCUCUUAGCAGCCAUGGCAUAUGAUCGCUUUGUAGCAAUCUACAACCCACUUCUGUACUCAGUUAAGAUGUCAUCCAGAGUCUACAUGCCGCUCAUCAUUUCUUCCUAUGUUGCUGGUAUUUUGCAUGGUACUUUAGAGACAGUGGCAACUUUCAGCCUCUCCUUCUGUGCAUCCAAUGAAAUCAGACAUGUCUUUUGUGAUAUCCCUGCACUUCUUGCUCUCUCCUGUUCUGACACUCACAUCAAUCAGCUUCUAGUCUUCUUUGUUGUGGGUUCCAUUGAGAUUUUCACCAUCCUGAUUGUCCUGAUGUCCUAUGGCUUCAUUUUGGUGCCCAUUCUGAGGAUGCGUUCUGCUGAAGGGAGGCGAAAGGUGUUUUCCACGUGUGGUUCUCAUCUAACUGGAGUGUCCAUUUACUGUGGAACAAUCCUGUUCAUAUAUGUGAGGCCAAGUUCCAGCUACGCCUCGGACCACGACAUGAUAGUGUCUGUGUUUUACACCAUUGUGAUUCCCAUGCUGAAUCCCAUCAUCUACAGCUUGAGGAACAAGGAUGUGAAAGAAGCAAUGGAAAAUUGUUUGAGGAAAAUUGGUUCAUAA